AUGCUCCAUUUAGGGAUUGCGCGCCGAUCAGUGGCGGAGCCAGGAAAUCCGGAUGAGGAGGGCCGAGUGUUCUUAAGUCUUGCUGGGGAGGGCCAUUCCAUCAAAAUACACCAUUUUAGUAGCAAAAGGAUCAAUGUUUACAUUAGUGCUAGGCCUAAAUCAGUAACAUUAGGGGGGGCCAGGGCCCUUGCUGGUCCCCCUGGCUCCGCCACUGGCGCCGAUAGCCUGACAACGGCGGUGCGCACUGUCAAGAUUUUAGCUGUCAAUGUCUAUACUCUUAGUUUGGAUAAUGUUCUUGACAUGAUAAGAUUCUUUCCAUGCCUGGAGAAGCUGCUUGUGAAGUCAUGGAGUUCGGGUGAGAACAAUUUGUGGCAUCGUAAACACCGGGUUCUUCUCACAUGUCUUGACAUCCGUCUCAGGACAGUAGUGUUGGAAACGUAUCUGGGCAGCUGGUCACAGGUUAACUUUGCCAAAUUCUUUGUGCUGAACGCCAGAGUGCUGGAGUCAAUGACGUUUCAUGUUGAGGCCAGCUUGUACGACGAGGAGUUCUUGGCAGAACAGUGUACGAAGCUUCAGCUAGGGAACAAGGCUUCAAGAGAUGCUCAGUUUCAUUUUACAACUGGUACUUCUCUUGAAGCUGUUUGGGAGACCAAACAUCUCAGUGAUCUUAACUUGGAUGACCCCUUCCUGUGUAGAUGUUGAAAUGGGUUUGGUCA